CAGCCAGCUCAGCAAUGAACACAGAAAAGGCAGAAUCAGAAAAAUAUACACAUCAAAGUUUGAAUUUCCCUUCUACAACUCAUCUGACUAGCACAUCACAGAUCUGGUAAAAAGAAAAAAGUGAAGAAAAACAAAACUAACUUCAGUGAAAAAAUGAGGAGUUUGGAAUCCUUCUUUUUGGACAGAAACUGAGUUUUAGCGAUGUGUCAAAACAUUGGUCCGUGCUAACCCACAACAUGCUGCAUGUAUAAAAACAUGUCAUCUUAUUUUUUGACUGGUUUCCUGUUAUAGCCAGGAGAAUGAAAUGGGCCGUGAUCUCUGUGAAUUUCUCCCUAUUAAUAUAUAUGUUCAUGCCAAUAAAUUCCAAAGAUGAGUCUGUAGGAAAAAAAAUUCCCAAUCGGCUCACAAAAAUCCUAUCAGAUGCCUCCCACCUGGACACUCUACUUGAUUUAUCCCAAAAAAACAUUUGUUGCCUUCAUGUUGAUGAUUUUAGAUUAUUUACAAAGCUAAGUAUUUUGAAUCUUAGCCAUAAUCAAAUUGAAGAAUUUGAGUUUGAAGUGUUCCAAUUUAAUACUGCUCUAGAACAGUUGGACUUGUCAUACAAUAAGUUGACGAUAAUGAGAUGCACUUCUUUACAUUUGAUCAAAAACUUAAAAACAUUAAAUUUGUCCUAUAAUAACUUUGCAACUAUGUAUAUUUGCAAGGAAAUUUCCCUUCUGUCAAAGUUAGAAUACCUUGGGUUAAGCGCUGCCCAGAUACAGAAACUGGACUUCAUUAAUAUAGCACACAGAGAGCUCCGAUAUGUUUUUUUAGGGAUUGAAAACCUACAGGAAUAUGAAGUUGGAAGUCUCCAGUUGCUUAAUACCAGUAAACUUCAUAUUACUUUACCAAUAUAUUUGCAAAGUCCAUUUCUUCUGCAUGACGCAUUGAAUACUUCCACAACUUUGGAGAUUUCUCAGAUUACGUGUGACGCGUAUUUUUGUGAUUACCCCACAUCAGCCUUAUCCAAGAUCAACAAACAUUCGAAGGUAUCAACUCUAAUUCUGAGCAAUAUAACUAUGCCAUGGAAUGGAAUGAGUACUGUUCUCCAGGCAGUUUGGAGAUCCUCAGUUCAACAUUUGUACAUUUAUACAUAUACCCUUGUACAUGAGUUUGUAUACAAACAGAAAGACUUUUCCAAUGGUUCCCUCAAAUCUCUAGUAAUAGAUCACGUUAUCCAGAAGGUAUUUUUUUUCACACCUCCUCACCCAUUAAAUAUAUUUUCAGAAAUGCUUGUUGAAAAUUUCACCUUUUCCAAUGCUGACAUAACACACCUGUUCUGUCCACCUUGGCCAAGCAUUUUUCGAACCCUAAAUUUGUCAAAGAACAGAAUCACACAUGAGAUUUUUAAAGAAUGUGACAACUUAACUGCUCUGGAACUUCUAAAUCUACAAAGUAACAGAUUACAAAAAAUAUCAAAAGUUAUUUCUAUGACAUCUACAAUGAAAUCUCUAAAACAUCUAGACCUCAGUCAAAAUAUCAUAGAUUAUGAUCAAAUUGAGAAAUGCAAUUGGACAGAAAGUCUUGUUUUUCUAAACUUGUCUGAAAACAGAAUUACUACUGAGGUUUUUGCCUGUUUACCGAUUAAUGUUCAGAUACUCGAUCUUUCUAUGAACCAGAUUACAAGUGUCUCCAAAGGACUUGAACAACUAACAUUUUUGAGGGAACUAAAUCUGGCUUCAAACCACCUUAAAGAUAUCCCUGAUUGCCACCUUAUGAGUCGUAAUCUUAGAGUUUUGAAUGUUGAUGACAAUGGUAUUUACUCUCCAUCUGUUGCAUUUUACCAAAGCUGCCAAUAUAUCGAAAUAUUAAGUGCUGGACGCAAUCCAUUUCAAUGUAAUUGUGAGUUAAGGGAGUUUACGCAUAUUGAGAAGAUGACACCAGGAAAACUUUCUGGAUGGCCUGAUUCCUACAGCUGUAAAUAUCCAGAAGACUUUAAAGGUGUUCUCCUGAAGGACUUCUAUGUUUCUGAAAUAUCAUGCAACAUAUACAUAUUAUUAGGUAUUGUGUUGGGUAUCCUUUUGGUAGUGCUGGUUAUUAUCAUCUUUUCUUGUAAGUAUUUCGACUUACCUUGGUAUAUCCGUAUGCUGUUUCUGUGGAUUCGAACAAAGCACAGAGUGAAGAACAUCAACAAGCAAGAACUUGGAAAAAGCAAACGGUUCCACGCCUUUAUAUCUUACAGCGAAGAAGAUUCAGAAUGGGUAAAAAAUGUUUUAAUACCUAACCUUGAAAAAAGUGAUGGCUCUAUAAAGCUUUGUCACCACGAAAAGCAUUUCAUUCCAGGCAAAACUAUAGUUAAAAAUAUUAUACUUUGUGUUGAACAAAGUUUCAAAUCGAUCUUUGUUUUGUCGCCCAAUUUUAUUCAAAGUAAAUGGUGUCACUAUGAACUACACUUUGCCCAACAUGCACUAUUCGGGAAGAAUUUUUACAAUUUGAUUCUAAUUCUGUUGAAUCCUAUACCACAGUAUUUGAUUCCCAAUAAAUACACGAGAUUAAAAGCAAUAAUGAAACAGAGGACAUACUUGGAGUGGCCAAAGGAAAGGGGCAAACAUGCACUUUUUUGGGCUAAUCUUAGGGAAGCUAUUGGUGUAAAUCUUACAUCAGAUGAAGAGGAAGAUAUUGACUGGGAUUUCAAGGGGGCCGUUACACCUGUGUGAUUAUCCUCUCAACAGACAUCAUUGCCACAUACACCACUUGGCACAAACUUUAUUUUGUACUACAACCCUGCUGUAUUAUUUUUAUUCACAUCAUUUCCUGUUCUUCUUUGGUUUACAAUUUGUU